UAAAAAUAAUACAUAUCUACAGACUGCUUGCAGAUCAUGGAUUCAAGAUUUAGCAGAGGGAAGUCAUCUAUUUUAGAGAGAUCCUUGGCCAGACCAAAGACUGAGGUGAGCCUCAGUGCUUUUGCUCUUCUCUUCUCUGAAAUAGUUCAGUACUGUCAGAAUCGGGUCUAUUCCGUAUCUGAACUCCAAGCUAAGCUGUCUGAGCUGGGCCAGCAAGUUGGAUGCCGCAUCCUUGAUCCUCUGGUCAUGCGAGAGAAGAAUGGCAAGCGAGAGACCAAAGUAAUUAGUGCUUUACUGUUUAUUAAAGUUGUUGCAUGGAAAGCUCUCUUUGGAAAGGAAGCUGACAAACUAGAGCAGGCAAAUGAUGAUGACAAAACAUAUUACAUAAUUGAGAAGGAUCCACUCAUCAAUGCCUACAUCUCUGUGCCGAAAGAGAACAGCACCCUUAAUUGUGCCUCUUUUACAGCCGGCAUUGUGGAGUCCCUACUGACUUGCAGUGGCUUUCCCGCAAAAGUUACUGCUCACUGGCACAAAGGAACCACCUUAAUGAUUAAAUUUGAUGAGUCUGUUAUAGCUCGCGACAAAGCACUGGAUGGACGCUAAGGGAAAUAAAGAACAAGAUAAAAAAUACGUGUUCGUUUCACUUUGUGCUUCAUAAAAACAUUUCAUUUUGGUAAAAUAUCUACCUAUGUACUGUACUUAGGCAGCACUGAAAAUGUAUGAAUUUAUAAAAUUAUUUAGUGUUUUGCAUGUGUUUUUGCUGAGUAAAACAGAUGAAUUCUCAUUUGUAAAUCAAAUUCUGUUCCUUUUUUGUUUUUGUUUUUUAAUCAUAGAUUAGCAAGCAGUGGGUGCUAUUUAAUUAGUUAUUGGAUACCUUCCCAGAAGCAUCAUGGCUGCUCCCAGACAUACCAAUACAUUAAAAUAUGCAUAUAAUUAAGCCCCCUGUAUAAACAAAGUGAUAGUAUAGACCCUUUUUCAACAUGAGUUGAAAGUAUAUAGGGCUUGUGCUGAAAAUACUUUUGUCUGUUGUUUUAAUUAUGAAUUAUGUAUAGUAUUUAUUUGUGGCACUAAACAAGGAUAUGAAACCAGUUUCACUUUUAUCUCUUCCUGAUGCUGCAGAGCAAUAAAAGAUCUGUUAAAACUAAGCUAGUGUCCAAUAGAAUGCCUCUAAUAAUACUUUGCUUAAAGGAAACCAAAGCUCAAUUAAUACAUAGACCAGAAUGAUUAAUAAUCUCUGUAAAGUGAUGCGGAAAUGUGUCAGCGCUAUAUAAAUAAAAGGAAAUAA